CAGGAUUUUGUUUUGGAAAUAGCAGAAAAAGCAUUAGUUAUGAUUAGAAUUCGAAUUUAAAUUAUGACAAGCUUUCAGGUGAGGAUAUAUAAAAGCUGAUCUUUAUCAAGUGGUACCUUUCCAAUCACCUUGAUUCAGUGGACUCCUUUUAUGGUUUGAGCAGCUCAAGAUGAACAAGAUUCAGUAAUGUUAGUACUAUUUCAUUUGACAUGAGAUUCUCUUGCAGAGGUUCCUGGACUUCUUUUAUCGGCAAUUCUAGUUGAUAAAGCUGGUCGCAAGCCUUCUAUUUCAAUUAUAUUCACCCUAGCAUUCAUUAUUAUUUUGCCACUGAUUAUUAAUCAGUCCAAUAUUUUAAGAACAAGCUUAUUAUUCGUAGCUCGCAUGUGUGCUAUGGGAACCUUCACAAUCUCUUUAAUAUAUGCCUCAGAGUUAUAUCCAACUUCAAUGAGGUCAACUGGCACUGGAUCUGCAAACGCCAUGGGAAGAAUCGGAAGUAUGGUUUGCCCUUUUGUUGCAGUUGCGCUGGUGGAGGGCUGCCAUACCAAAGCUGCUAUCAUAGUGGUAGAGGGUGUAAUAGCGAUAUCAGUAAUAUGUGUUCUUUUGAUCUCAUUUGAAACAAGAGGAAAGGAAUUGAGUGACAUCGUAGAUGUUGUACCAAAUUCAAGACAAGUGAUUGUUGGUCAAUGAUAAGAUCGUAUGUAU